AUGACCGAUUGCUCUGGAACCAGUGAUCUGACCUCAAAUUCUGUCAGCUAUAAAAGUAAAGACCAACUCUCUAGAGAAGAUGUACAAAGAGAUUACAAUCUACUUCUUCGAAUUUCGCGAAAAGUAGAGGUGGGUAAGCAGGAGGCGAGAUGUUCGAAAUUGUUGAAUCGUAACAGCAAGCAUUUGAAUGACCGAACAAAGCGACAACGACGUUUUCUUCAAGCGUUCAGCUACUAUGCGAGUAAGAGCGGAGUGCAUAUAAUUGAGCUUCCUGAAGGCAUGGUGCGUAAACGGUUGAACAGAUCAUAUUAUGAUGCUCAGAGGGACGUUUGCUGCUGGACAAUAGAAUGGAUCAUUAUCAACUCGCACUUUGAUAAGAUUGGAACGAUACUUUCACAUAAUAAUCACGAAAAUGAGUCUUUAGCAAAACUGCUUCCGAAUGACAUUCAUUCCAAGAUGCAAAAAGAAUUUUCUGCUCAUCUUUCGUCUCCUGAACCAGCAACGGAAACCAGAUCGCUGAUCUCAAUAUCAGAUAAUGAUCCUUUAGCUUCAUUGCUGGGCGUAAAGGAAGAAGAGAAACAAAUUGAAGUAAGCAAGCUCAAUCUUCAUUAUUUCCUACGAUCCGAAGUAGCGAGCGACGUUUUUAUAUCACUCCACGAAGAUAUGUCGCUCAAGACUAUUCUGAAAAACAGGUCUGUCAUUGAAUACCCUACUAUUUAUCUGUCACUUGGACCCAUCAUCCAAGAGAAGAUCAUUGUAGAACCUUUCAUGGAAAGAAAUUCCGACGAAGAUCGGGCCUGCCUUCCUAUCGAAAAGGCGACAUCCAGUGACGACGAACCUCCUGAGGAAACUUCGAUCAGGCAUCAACUGGAUAUGAAAUAG